UUUGCAGUAUCACCCGCAGAGAGGAACUGUGGUUCAUAUCGAGGUUCUUCUCUUUGACAAGAAGUUAUCCUCCCUGCCUGCUUCUCCUCAGCAACUUUUCUCAGAUGAUCCAUUUGUGAGCAGAUUGAAUCUGACCUACAACAUGAGCCUACGGAAACUUGGUUUCAAAUGGUUUGGCAGCCUAACCAACCUCGGUUUUCGCCGCUCCACUGAGAAAUCACCCUCCAAGGCCUCUAAAUCAAAGUCUGGAGCAGGAGCAGAUGACACUGAUGGUUGCACAGUCCUAACUCCAGUUGCUGAGGCGACUGUGGAUGACCUGGGGGCCAUGCGUCCCCGCACUGCCAGCUAUGUCCGCUCUAGUGAGAGCUAUACACACGUGGGCACGCUACCACGUCUUCUGACGAGGAAGAAGGACAAGAGCGCCAAAGGAUGCCCGAGCAGCAGUAAGAAGGCUAAAGACAAGAUCAACAGAAGUCAAAGCCAGCGACCUGCAGGGGACCAGAGCUCACUGAUACUCAAAGAUGGCACAUCCAAAGAGACUGAGGAUGUAAUUAACAGUGAUACUCGGCCCAAGGCACAGCUUGAACCUGAUGGCGAAAGUAAAAAACCCGAAACCUCAAACGUCGCCUCUGGGCUUACAUCUUCAAGUGUAGAUCUGCCGCCAUCUGAUGGCUGCGACGCAGAACUUCAGCCAAAGAUUUGCGACGAGCAAGGCGUCACCGAGGCAGGUGCAGACUCGAACCCCGAGAAAGAGAACUCGUCACCUCCCCUUAGCAAAGAGAAUGAUGAGGCGCAUGCAGGUCAUGAUUUAGAGUCAAAAGAAUCGAAAGAGGAGUCCAGAGAGGCGACAGACGGAGCAGAAACAGGAAACCAGGAGUCUGAGAGCAUCUACAGCUACAUGAAGCCAGUAGAGGACAAACCAGAAUAUGUUCAGUUCUCUAAGGAGAAGUACCUGCUGGAGUCUCCUCCUGAGAAACUCCGCAAAGAACUAGAGGAGGAGCUGAAACUGAGCCCUGCUGACAUCAGGAGCCAUGGCUGGUACCAUGGACACAUACCCAGAGAGGUAUCAGAGACUCUGGUUUUGCGCAAUGGAGACUUCCUUGUACGCGAUUCUCUGCUCAACGUGGGUGACUAUGUUCUGACCUGUCGGUGGGAUAAUGAGGUGCUGCACUUCAAGAUUAGUAAAGUCCUGGUGAAAUCCAAUGAGACCAAGGUGCAGUACAUGUUGGAGGCUGAUAGUUUCGACUCAGUACAAGAGCUUGUGCGGUUUUACGUCGGUCAACGGAAACCGGUCUCCCAGUCCAGCGGCGUCCACAUCUACUGUCCAGUAAGCAGAACUCUCCCACUGCGCUACCUAGAGGCCACUUUCGCCCUCUCCAACAGCAAGCAAGGCUCUGCCUACUCACCGUCCAGUCAGAGGGGAGCGUACAUCAAGAGGAGGAGUGUCACCAUGACCGAUGGGCUGACAACUGAAAAGAUCAUACCUCACAGUGACUCAGACAGUCCAAGUCCAGUUGAGACACCAGUGGCAACACCAGAACCAGAGCCGGAACCUGUGCCCAACUGCAGCCCGUCGACGAUCCACCACCAUAAAGACGCAAUGCGGAACUGUGCAAUGAGCAUGGACCAGAUUCAGGAGUAUCGUUGCCCCUUGUCACCUGUCGGGGAAACCCCAUUGUCUCCAGCGUAUAGUGCGAUCACCAGGCAGAGAGCCCACUCAGGUGGGCGGGUCCUGGCUGUUGUCCCUCCCUCCCCUGUGAUGCGUCGCUCCAGCGACCCCCAAGUCAGCCCCUCAGCCAGUGACAACCCUCCAGAAUUUCCCCCACGUACCUCUCACUCAGCACACUCCUCACCAGCCCAUCAUCCCAACUACCAAUCGCAUUCUUCAGAAACAGCAGGGAGCUACUGUGACCUCAGACCUUGUCCCUCUGGGCCCCCCAAACCACCGACUAAAAGCUACGUAGAGCGAUUGAGAGUGGAGGAGGGGACAGUGGAGGGAGCAAGGGAGGAAGGAGAGGGGGUGUUCAGCGCCCCACAAGUGGAGACAUCUUCCUCGUUUAAGCCAUCCAGGUAUGAGUCUUGCCUUAUGCCGGCUGAGAAUAAGCCUCUGGAGAUGUCUGUACUGAAGAGAGUCAAAGAGCUGCUGGCUGAGGUGGAUGCAAGGACUGCAGCUAAACAUAUUACCAUGGUGGACUGCACGGUUGCUAGAAUAUUAGGUGUAACCCCAGAAAUGCAAAGAAUGAUGGGAGUGUCCUCAGGGCUUGAGUUAUUGACAUUACCACAUGGACACCAACUGAGACUUGACCUACUGGAGAGGUUCUACACCAUGUCUAUCAUGAUGGCUGUGGACCUGCUUGGCUGUACAGGAAGCACGGAGGAGAGGGCGGCCCUGCUCCAUAAGACCAUUCAAUUAGCAGCAGAGUUGAAAAGCAGCCUGGGCAACAUGUUUGGUUUUGCUGCUGUGAUGAGAGCCCUGGAGCUCCCGCAGAUAUCCCGUCUGGAGCAGACAUGGGUAACCUUACGCCAAAGACAUACAGAGGGAGCUAUUCUAUACGAGAAGAAACUCAAGCCUUUCAUGAAGAAUAUAAACGACGGCAAAGAAUCCAGUGCUCUGUCCAACACCACCUUCCCUCACAUCAUUCCCGUCCUGUCUUUACUGGAGCGUGGCAUGGCUCUUGGGGAUGUACUGGAACCCUGGGAGAGUGCAGAGGUGGGAGUAGAUGUAGUCAUGUACCACCUAGAGGCAGCUCGCACCAUUGCACAUCACGCGGAGCUCUACAGAACCAAUGCAGAGACGAAAUUACAGGGAAUUCAGGAACGAGCUGAAAUACAUGACAUCUUCCAGACGGAGUUUCAGAUGCGUCUGCUUUGGGGCAGCCGUGGCUCUGAGGGCAGCCAAUCGGAGCGUUACGAGAAGUUUGACAAGGUCCUCACCGCCCUAUCAUACAAGCUAGAGCCUCCUGUGCGUCACAGCGAGCUAUAGCACCUGCCCAGACAACCUACAGGGCAGGUGCUUUAGUUUACCGCUCAUAGUGGUAUGGCCUUGUUUUCCAUUACAAAGGAUGGUGUGGGAGUGCUCAGUUUGGACACUGAAAAAGGUGAGAGUGAAAGAAGAGGCAGCUAAAAGUGCAUGUGCAGUGACCAAGAGGAACACGGAAAGGGUCUCGCUGGCAAUGUGUUGCACUCACUGUGGAUUUAAAAAGAGGCACGGAGUUUCUUCCGUUCCCCUUUGUGGACUUCCUCACUUACUGCUGAAAUAUUCAAAUGAAAGGGAGAGAAGAUAAUCUAAGCGGAACAGAAGAUGGAGCAGAAGGGUGACCAGUUCUUCUGGUACAACAUGUACACUGUGCCAAACCGAGGUGCAGAAUUUGGCUUUGCUCCUGUAAAACAUGGAUACUCAACUGCUGUCUCACACUGUAGCCAAACUUGCAUAGCUCAUGUAGAUGUUUAGUCUGUGCGAAUGAGUGAGUGUGUGUGUGUGUGUGUCUGCUGGCAAGUGUGUGCAUUUCUUCAUUUUUGUAUGCCAUUAAAGUUUCAUGUGUAUUUUAUUUUUUUUGUCUUAUUUAUUCGUUAUGAUCAAAGGAUAUCAAAACAUUAUGGACAUUGCUUCAUGAAACUCAAGAGAAUCUGUCAGUGCUCAUUCUGAGGGAACCCUGCUCAUAAAAUCUCAUGAAAUAUGUAUCAUGCAGUCCCAUUGAAUCCCAUUAAAAAUGUAUCAGGCAUGCAUUAAUAAAUGUACCAGAAAUGAAACAUUCGCACAAGUUAUGCAGCAACUUCAAUAUGAGGGCUUUGUGAGUGGUUAAAAACAUUAAGAGGUCAAGGCAAGCUCCCCGAGUUGCCUGUUUGACUUAGCCUUUUCAUAUUUUCUGUCCUGUGCACCAAAAUGAGCUGAAACAGCAUUACAAAAGACAAGAAAAAUGUAGCGUUUACAUUUUAAAUUGAGUCAAAUCAAUGUCUCAGUUAAGAUGUAAACAUUAAGGAACAUGCUUUAGUUUGAAUCUGGCUCCGUUUUGCAAAUUUGCUGAAAAAAAUGUUUGAUGCAUGGACCCAGAAAAUGUUACGCCAACUAAAAUGUUGCAAUUUAGUAGCAAUUCGAUAAUUUCCGUACAAAAAUGUGUCAAAGUCAGGAAAUAUAACAUUCAGUGCAGAUAUUUUGUGUCGGUGGAAAAUCUUUAAAGAUGAAUUAAUAGUGUGCCACAUUUGUAGUACAUCUAAAGAAAAGCAUCUACUGCUUGUAUGUUUGAAUUUGUGUUUCAGCAAUACAGCUAAAAAUGACUGAACAAGGUUUGUUUCUUUGGGGUUACAUUUUGCUUGACUAUCCAGUGUUAUGUUUUUGCUUUAACAUUUGAAGGGCCUGAGAGGGCUAGCGCUAACUCUCAGAGCUAUGCAAUCAUUUCAACCAAAUGCUGAGAACCCUGGGGAAGAGACUUCCAUUGUGGAUGUUUAAAAAAAAAAAUCUUAACUGAAUGGAUGAAAGUCAUAUCAGAAUCCAGUUAAACAGAAAUGCUUCUGAAAACUGUCCUUACUGGGAUAUUCUUAAAUAGAUGUUCGAUUUGCAUUUUCUAGUUUGGGAUAAGCUGUACAGAUCUAGAGUUCAUGAGGGAAGGAGCCAUGUGACAGUCCCACUGUGGUCCAACAGGGGGCGUGGUUUAGUCAGCAAAAAAAAAAAAAAAAACAGAAUCAUGAAUUGUAACAUUGAAGACCUAUACGUGAAGAAAUGCCACUUUUAUUGUGUGUGUUUCGAGACCAAGAGUAUGCCUACUGGUUUAGGUUUGAUAACUGAUAACAUUGGUUACAGUGAUGUAAUAUGUUUUUAUUUGUCCUCUGUCGAAUGCUGUACAGGAAGCUGCUUUGUCAGCAUGUCAAGAAAUGAUUGGGACUGAUUUCAUUUAUUUUCUUUUUUUUCUUCUUUUUUUUACGUCCUGUACAGUUCACUUUUUUCAAAUAAAAUUGCUUGUGUCAAUGCA